AUGCCUGAAGAACGCCCUUCGGGCGAAUCGCCUCCUUCCCGUCGGAACUCCUCCACUCCAUCUCCAUCUCCUCCAAGAAAUGCGUUUCCUUCCAUGGAGUACAAACCUUUCACUCGAACUCAGCUCUGGCUCUAUGACCUCUUGCUCUGGGUUUGGACUGUUAUUUUCGACUGUUUUUUCCGAGAAAUCAGACCUCGAGGCGCUUUUCGUCUCCCCAAGUCGGGGCCUGUCAUUUUUGUGGCGGCUCCCCAUGCUAACCAGUUCGUGGACCCUAUCGUGUUGAUGCAACAGGUGAAGCGUGAAGCUGGAAGACGUAUUUCAUUUCUUAUUGCCAUGAAAUCGUAUCUUCACAAUAUCAUUGGCACAUUCUCCAAGGCCCAGCUUGCUGUGCCAGUUGCUAGGGCUCAGGACAUGUUGCUUCCUGCUACUGGUAAGAUCUAUAUGGACUUUGAAGCCGACCCAUUGAGAGUCAAGGGCAAGGGCACGAAAUUCACCGAGGAAUGCAUGCCCAGGGGCCUCAUUGCUCUUCCAGAAUCGCUUGGGGCGACUGAAAUUUCGGAGAUCGUCUCUGACACCGAGAUUGUUCUUCGUAAGGAGUUCAAGUCUUCUGAAAAAGUCAAGCAGCUUUUGAAGCAGGGUACCCGCUUUAAGGUCGCUGAUAAGAUUGACCAAGGCCAUGUUUAUAAGUUUGUCUUCCGCCACUUGAGUGACGGUAACUGUUUGGGGAUUUUCCCCGAGGGUGGAUCCCACGACAGAACCGACAUGCUUCCAUUGAAGGCCGGUGUGGCUAUCAUGGCCUUGGGUGCCAUGAGUAACGAUGCUAAUUGUGAUGUGAAGAUUGUGCCAUGUGGAAUGAAUUACUUCAACGCCCACAAGUUCAGAUCAAGAGCGGUGGUUGAAUUUGGUCACCCAAUUGAGAUCCCUAAGGAUUUGGUCAAGAAGUAUAACAAUCCUCUGACAAGCCGUGAGGCCGUCAAGGAGCUUUUGGAUAUUGUUACCAACGGUUUACGUGCUGUCACUGUGAACUGUGAAGACUAUGAGACCUUGAUGGUUAUCCAGGCUGCCAGGAGAUUGUAUGCUGGUAAUUUUGCUCAGUACUUACCUUUACCGUUGAUCGUGGAGAUGAACAGGCGAUUGGUGGUUGGCUAUGAGACAUACAAGGACAAGCCCGAGAUCCAGCAGUCUAAGGAGAAGGUCUUGGAGUACAACAAGCUCCUUAAGCAUUUGUAUUUGCCUGACCAUCAUGUUGAAGACUGUGAUGAGUCUCAUAAGAUCCGCUUACUUCCAAUCUUCUUCUUCCGCAUCAUCAAGCUCAUAUUGCUUGCCACUCUUGCAUUCCCGGGUAUUGUGUUAUUCUCGCCCGUUUUUAUCAUUUCCAAGUUCUUUUCCUUGCGGAAGGCCAAAUCUGCUUUGGCUAACUCGACUGUGAAGGUCAAGGCUAACGAUGUCGUUGCCACUUGGAAGAUUCUCAUUAGUUUGAUCAUUGCUCCAUUGCUUUACAGUUUCUACGCUUCUAUCGGAACUUGGUAUUGCAGAACCCAUCAUUACUUGACUACCAUCGGGUCUUUCACCUUGUGGUUCUCGUUGUAUAUGUUGGGUGUUUUGGUUACUUACUCCGCCUUGGUCACUGGUGAACAAGGUAUGGAUUUGUUUAAGUCUAUCAGACCGUUGUACCUCUCCAUCUUCUCUGGCGACACGAUCAGUGAGCUCAAACAGAAAAGAAUGGAAUUGGCUGAACAAAUCACCGAGGUUGUCAACAGGUUUGGGCCUGAACUCUUCCCUAAUGACUUUAACUUGCUCGAGUUGAAGGAUCAUUUGAACGUUACUGAUGAUAUUCAGUAUGUGGACUCUGAUGAGGAGGAAGACAUGAAGACGCAGGAGUUGCGUAACAGAAGAAUCGCCCAGAGGAAAGCUAAGAAGAGAAAGCUCAGAGCUAAGAAGAAGGAGGACUCUGAGACUGGCCUGACAUUGGCGACUACGCCCAGCGAUAGUGACUUGUCUCUCAAUCACUCGCUGUCGAUGUCGGAUGGUGUUUCGAUGUUGAAUUCAGACAUGUCGUACACUAACAUUCCUAUGUUCUCAGACUAUUCAUUGCAUGCCAAUGCAAAGAACUCAGAUGUCGACAUUAAGGCCCUCAACUCGACUGUGUCUAUGGCUGACGAUUUCAACUAUAAACCAGCAUCGACCCCUAAUUCGGAGGCUGCCCUUUCUCGGGAUAAUUCUCAUAUGGAACUCAACUUUGCCACUUCAAAGAUCCCAGCAUCCAGCCUUUCUGCUCACUACGCCAUCAGCUCACCACAGAAGAGACAUUUAUUAGGUGAAAAGAUCAGGUCCCGUAUCAGAGAAGGAAGAGACAAAAGUCCUAGUCUUUAG